UGUUUUGACCAACACGUAAGUGAACGCAGCAUUUGUUCCAUCGUCACCUUCUGAGUGACGUAUUUCCUGUUAAAGAUGGCGGCGACCUUGUGUAUGAAGUUACUACGAAACCAGGGGUGGGCGCCUCUGGUUCAGAGUGUCCGGCACGGCUCCAAGGCUGUGACCCGUCACAGAAAACCCCUUCACAUCAUCAAACAGAAGCUCCUGGCCGUCACGCAGUACAUUCCUCCAGCUAGGGUCGUCCCUCCGGGGGCCUAUCCGGCCGAAAACAAGUGCGUCCAGGAGGAUGCUGGGUUGUCUCUACUCCUGAAGAAGGAUUUGAAGAAAGUGUUUGAGGAGAGCAAAAUGGUCGCCGUGGUUCAGAAAAACGGCAGCAACGCUGAAGACAUGAUGAUUCUCAAACACCGGCUUUGCAAACACGGCAUCAAAGUCAAGUUCUUCCCCAACCAGGUGACACGGUCGUUCCUGAGUGACUCUGUUUACUGCAACAUGGCUCCUCUCUUUAUCGGCCCCACCGUUCUCUUUGUUAGCAAAGAGCCAAAGGUGAAGGAGAUGCUGUCGGCUCUCAGGGCCAGCCCACAGAUGACGCUCUUGGGCGCCUGCAUAGACAACACACUGCUGAGUGCGCAGGGCGUGGUGAGCUACUCCAAGCUGCCGUCGGUGACUGUCGUUCAGGGCGAGCUGGUCAGCGGCUUGACCAUGCUGACAUCUCGCACAGCCUCCAUGCUGCAGCACCACCCGGCCCGCCUCUCCGCCCUGCUGCGGCAGUACGUCAAACAGCAGAGCCCCGACGACGGAGCGGAGGCAGCGCCUAAAGCAGAGGCAGCCACAUAGAGCUUCGCAGGAUAAUCUCUGGACUGGCCGAGCAGAUUGACACCCGGUUAGAACGAGGAGGAAGUGAAACGGCAGCUGUUUGGUACCGGACUUUGGUGCAGCAGCACUGCUGGGGCUGAAUCGCGUCCGCCAUCUUGAAUGUUUUCAGCCUCAUGGUGGAAUUACUGAAUGGACCGUGCUUGAGGGUUAAUCCUUAAUGUAGUGAUGUUUGUACAUAAAUAAAGGUUGUUUGCUCAGCA